GUAAAAGAAAGAAAGGAAGAGGAGAAGAAGAAGGAGAAAGAGAAAAAAGGGGAGGGGAAAGGAGCUAGAUCGACCCACACCCACACACUUGUUCAUAAUAUCAAUAUGGAGCAAACCGGGCCCAGGAGAUCAGCAAGAUUGGCCGGUUCACGUCCUCAAACCCAUGCUUACCUAACAAACCAUCGUAAACGCAACUCUAAAGCCCAUCUCACAGGCCCACACAAACGCACUCAGCCCAUGCCCAACCCCACCAAUUUUGAAGCCCAUUCAACCAUCCCCACAGGCCCACCCCAGCAAAGCAUGCCCGAGCCCAGCCUGCCAAGCCCGCCAAGCCCACCCAGGCCCAAGCCCAUCUUCAACGUGCAUAGCCAACUCUUGAACUUCAGGGCCCAACAGCUCCAAGAGGUUAAGAACAUCACCGAUUUCAAGACCCACGCACUGCCCCUAGAACAUAUAAAGAGGAUCAUGAAAUAUGAUGAAGAUGUUGACGUUAUUUCCUCCGAUGCAUGUGUCGUGUUCUCCAAAGCAUGUGAGAUGUUCAUCAAACAACUCACGUUGAGGUCUUGGUUCCAUGUUGAGGAGAACAAGAAAGAAACCGUCCAAAGGUGUCACAUUGCAACAGCAAUUUCUCACCCUGUUGAAUAUGACUUUCUCACAGACACUGUUCCUAGAGAUGACAUUGAUGUGCACAUUGAUACCCAAAUGGGGCAAGGCCCAUAGAUUGAAGCCUGCAUGGAUCACAAUUCAAAAAUAUGAGGCCCAUUUAAAUGUAAACCUUUUCAAGCUUCUUUGUUUAGCUCGUAUGUUAAUGUAGUUUGUUUUUGGGUUUGUGAACUAAUGCACAAACUUCUAAUAAUUUGGGUC